UUUCUUUUUUUUUCUUUUGACCACAACAGCAAAACAUCCUGAGAUAAAAGCCUUGAUGAAGCCAGACCGGCACUUGAUCUGGGUAGUUGUACUGAUGGUUCUUGCACAGUUGAUAGCAUUUUAUCUUGUUAAAGACUUGGACUGGAAAUGGGUUAUAUUCUGGGCUUAUGUGUUUGGAAGCUGUAUUAGUCAUUCAAUGACUUUAGCUAUUCACGAGAUCUCCCACAAUAGUGCCUUUGGCAACUGCAAAGCAAUGUGGAAUCGAUGGUUUGGGAUAUUUGCCAAUCUUCCUCUUGGCCUCCCAUAUUCCAUAUCCUUCAAGAGAUACCACAUGGAUCAUCAUCGCUACCUGGGAGGGGAUGGCAUUGACGUGGAUAUUCCAACUGACUUUGAGGGCUGGCUUUUCUGUACUCGUUUUAGGAAGUUCAUUUGGAUUGUUCUUCAACCCCUGUUCUAUGCCAUUCGACCUCUCUGCAUCAAUCCCAAACCUAUUUCUCGACUAGAAAUCAUCAACUUGUUAGCCCAGCUCUCUUUUGAUGUUGUGAUAUAUUACUUCUGGGGAAUAAAGUCGGUAUGUUACAUGCUAGCAGGUUCAGUGCUUGGACUGGGACUGCACCCUAUUUCAGGACACUUCAUAGCUGAACACUACAUGUUUCUAAAGGGGCAUGAGACUUAUUCCUAUUAUGGGCCACUCAACUUGCUCACUUUUAAUGUUGGCUAUCACAAUGAACACCAUGACUUUCCUAAUAUUCCUGGCAAGAGCCUUCCAUUGGUGAAGAAAAUAGCAGCUGAAUACUAUGACAACCUGCCACAAUAUAAUUCUUGGAUAAAAGUGCUCUAUGAUUUUGUGAUGGAUGAUACAAUCAGUCCAUACUCGCGUAUGAAAAGGCAUUUAAAGGGUGAUGUGAAACAAGAGUGAACUUCUGGUGACCAAAAAUUGGAUAUGUCAAGAAUGUUGCUCUAAAAUAGGUGGUACAAGGCAUCUCCUGCUAAAGAUGUGUAUUUGUAUACUGAAUAAUUUAAACUAAUUCAACAAUCUACAAGAGUACAUCACUAUAUCCUAAAACAAAGACCUCUACGACAAGUUAGAGUAGACUGGCACCAGCUGUAACGCCCCUAGAAGCCUUCAGCUUCGUUGGUAUAAUCUACAUCUUGUUUAACUAAACUUUGUUCAGUGUUAAGUAUAUACGACUGUCACUGUUACAGGAUUUUCUUUUUUUUGGCAGGUGUUAGCAGAUCUUGUACUAAAAAAACAACUUUCUGUCUUGUGUAUUUAUUCUUCCUUCUUUCCUGAGAUUCUCAAUAUGCACUUUUGGCUUUAGCAUGGUCACUGAGAGUGUACUAAUGUUCACAGCUUAGUUGCUUUGUCAUGUUGCAAGUUUUAUAUUUAAUUAGUAAAUCAUGUUAAAAUAAGGUGGUGUUAAUUUUAAAUUAAUUGUGGAAAUUUUAAUUUUACUGUUAUGCUUCAGGUCAUUAAUCUAAAAUGGAAGUAACUAGUAAGAUAGAUAGCUUGGCUAUUAGUUUAGACAAAAAAGCAGACACAAACACCUAGUUAUGUUCUGCCACACUGUUAGAUGCUUGCACUAAAGUGCUCUAAGCAAAAGAAUAUUUUGCUGUGCUCCUGAGUAACUGAAAUCACAGCUUAAGCAGAGUGGAGAUUUAAAAUACUAGUAGAAUGCUUGUUAUCUAGGGUAGCUACUGGCACCAUUGAUCUAGAUUAACUAGUUUUCUUGGGAAGCUACUCGAGCAGCUGUCCUAGCAGGGACCCUGUAAGGCUCCCUGACAGUAUGCCAGAUCCACACCGAGUGAGCCUUGGUGAGAGGAAGACUGGGUAAGCUAAGGUUCUACUCCAUUCUUCGGAGUACCAUGGACUUGAGUAGUGAAAUAAAUAGAAUGUUGUUACAAUAAGUUAAGUCAUCUUAUUAGUUUUCCCAGUGUCCAAUGGGAAGCUUCAGAUAGCAUAGCAUGGCACUCUUAAAACCAAACUAACACCACAUCUUACUGCACAAAGUAUUGGUAACCUAAGGUAGCUGACUUUGGUUCUCCCAGUUUUUGUUUGGGGGCUUGUGUUUUUUGUGUGUGUGUGGUUUUUUUUCCUUGGCUCUUUGUUUCUUUUCUGGUGGUCUUAAACAUUCAAUGUUUGUGUAAUUGAAUAUUCAUGUAUGCAUUGUCUAUCCCAUCCAUUGAGCCAUAUGGAUGGCUGGGCAUCCUCCUGAAAAGGGGGAUGUUAGCAGCCAUCAGCCUAAUGCAAGGUCAGGUUGGCGCACAGUGAUUCUUGUAGCCCAGUGGAGUAGAUCUUGGAGUUGAUCCAAGGCUGGGUGGGGGGGCUGAGUGCCUAUGUGCACCCCAACCCAGUAGGUCAGUUCAUGGGGGAAGGAAGGGGCAGGGGAUAGAUCAAGGCCCCUGCAGUGAGGGACAGUGCCACAGAGGCAGAGCAGGGGUAAGUUGAGUGUGGGGCCCUGGCUAGGUGGGACUUGCCUGCAGGGGAGGCAUGCCCCCCAAACUUUUUUCUCCCUCUGCCUCUAUACCUGCAGGGGGGCACAGGCCCCCCCUUCCCCCCCCCAGACUUACCUGCUGUGGGGGACAUGAUAGAUCUUGAGUUGCUUUUUAAAUGCCAAAGAUGAUCUCUCCUACUUUUAAAGGUUGGAGACCACUGCUGUAGCCUUCUUAAAUGUGGAGAAACUUCAAGUGUGAAGGGAGGGAAAAGGACUAGGCAUCUUGCCAGAUGGUGGCAUGGCCCAUUCUUGUUUUCUAGCCCUAAAUUUCUGCUUCUAAUAAUUUCUUUGUCUCUGCAAAAAGCCACACUGGACUAUGCUGAAGAACAGCUUGCUUAUCUCUUGCAUUAGUACUGUACCUUUUUGUUUGCCUAAUAACUACCCUUAUGAUAUAGGGGCCAGGCCAAUGGAGUUAGGCACCUACUUUAUUUUGGGUACUACUUCUCACAUCUUAAGCUCCUAAAAAUGCUCCAAAAGGUCCUAGCUCUUGCUUCAUAUCAACUGAAGAUAACCUCACGGUGUUGGUAGAGUGUUUAUCAUUAUGUAAGCCUGGCUAAUGUCAGUCCUAGUUUAGCCUCAGUUCUUAAGAUGACUGACUCUUUCAGAUGUCAGUCUUCCAGGACCCCUUGGAGGCACUGGAAAAACUCUGCUAGAGGAGCAUGAUGGGUUGCUAAUGUAGCUUAAGCUCUGGCAUCUAGCAUAAUCACUCACUUUGAAAAUAUAGGUCCUUUAUCUGUGGAUGUGCUUAACAAGUGUAAAACCCUGCCAUUGAUUGUAAUCUUGCUACAAAAGCUCACUAACCAGAAUUAACUUCAUUGUGGGCUUGUGACCAAUAGUUGGCAUACUGCUCAGUGUGAAAGCUUUGACUGCUUAAAUAAACUUCCUUGUUGUUAGUGGAAUAAGGUUCCAAACCUAUUUUUAAUUUUACAUCUUAAGUAAGGGAAUAUGUUUUAAGACUAGGGGAGGGGGAUGGCUUUUGCUAGAUGCCAUAAUGUUAAACUGCAGCAGUUAAGUAAUAUAGCUAAAGUAUCCACUUACAAUAUGCCUGGGGUAGGGAGGCUCAUUAGGUAAUCUUUUACAAUUCCACUUGUUCAAUAAAUGUCCUAAUUGGUUACCCUAA